UGAGGCCAGAGCCAGCGUCCCUCGGCCUGGGGAGCUGGAAGCUCCUGGCCUGAGGUGAAGCGGAGCUCAGGCCUGCGAAGCUCGCGCAAGGGGUGUGGGCGCGGGCGCGGCCGGGGUCGCUGAGGAGGCUUCCCAGAUGUGUGGAACUGUGUGGAGCGGGAGCUCUUCGCUACCAUCUCUGCUCUCUCUCUUCUGAGGAACCCCGAAGCCUCUGCCAUGGAAAAGUACCACGUGUUGGAGAUGAUUGGAGAAGGCUCUUUUGGGCGGGUGUACAAGGGUCGGAGGAAAUACAGUGCUCAGGUGGUGGCCCUGAAGUUCAUUCCAAAAUUGGGACGCUCAGAGAAAGAGCUGAGGAAUCUGCAACGAGAGAUUGAAAUCAUGCGGGGCCUGCGGCAUCCCAACAUUGUGCACAUGCUCGACAGUUUUGAGACUGAUAAAGAGGUAGUGGUAGUGACAGACUAUGCUGAGGGAGAGCUCUUUCAGAUCCUGGAAGAUGAUGGAAAACUUCCUGAAGACCAGGUUCAAGCCAUUGCUGCCCAGUUGGUGUCGGCCCUGUAUUAUCUGCAUUCCCACCGAAUCCUUCACCGAGACAUGAAGCCUCAGAACAUCCUUCUUGCCAAGGAUGGUGGCAUCAAGCUCUGUGACUUUGGAUUUGCCCGGGCUAUGAGCACCAACACGAUGGUGCUAACAUCCAUCAAAGGCACACCACUCUAUAUGUCCCCAGAACUGGUGGAAGAGCGACCAUACGACCACACCGCAGACCUCUGGUCUGUGGGCUGCAUACUUUAUGAGCUGGCUGUAGGCACCCCUCCCUUCUAUACCACAAGCAUCUUUCAAUUGGUCAACCUCAUUCUCAAGGACCCUGUGCGCUGGCCCCCAACCAUUAGUCCUUGCUUCAAGAACUUCCUGCAGGGACUGCUCACCAAAGACCCCCGGCAGCGCCUGUCCUGGCCAGACCUUCUACAUCACCCCUUUAUUGCUGGCCAUGUCACCAUAAUAACUGAACCAGCAGGUCCAGAUUUGGGCACCCCAUUAACCAGUCGUCUACCCCCAGAACUUCAGGUCCUCAAGGACCAACAGGCACAUCAACUGGCCCCCAAGGGCAAUCGAUCUCACAUCUUGCGUCAAGCCCGUAAGCUCAUGGCUGAGGAGGCCAAGCAGAAGGUGUGUAGGAAUGUGGGACAUAUGCAGAAACACCAGAAUACAGGACCUACCCUGGAACAGGAAGACAGGACCAUCAAGGUGGUUACUGGCACGACCCCUGUGUCCCCUCAGGAACCAGGCCUCUUGGCUGGGAUCAUGGCCUCAGAAAUGAAGAGCAGCUGGGCUGAGUGGGGGGCUGGAGAAGCCCCCCCUGCACCUCGGGAAAACUGGAUCACUGAGGAUAGUGAACGAGCAUUCCCAGAGCUGAGGCCAGAGCAUUCACAGGCUGGCCAGCAGAGCACUGGUGCAGUAGACCUAGAAAAUGAGGAGCCAGACAGUGAUGAUGAGUGGCAGCACCUGCUAGAGACCACCGAGCCUGUGCCCAUCCAGCUGAAGACCCCUCUCACCCUGCUGUGCAAUCCAGACUUUUGCCAGCGCAUCCAGAGUCAGCUACAUGAGGCCGGAGGGCAGAUCCUGAAAGACAUGCUGGAGGGUGCGUCCUCUAUCCUCCCUGCACUCCGGGUCCUGAGCAAUCUUCUGACCAGCUGCAGUGACUCUGUUCCCUUGUAUGUCUUCUGCCGCGAGGCAGGGCUCCCUGGGCUGCUGCUCAGGCUACUCAGACACAGCCAGGAGAGCCACAGUAUUCAGCAGCCAUGUUGGUAUGGGACCUUCUUACGGGACCUGAUGGCCGUGAUUCAGGCCUACUUUGCCUGCACCUUUAACCUGGAGAGGAGCCAGACAGGUGACAGCCUACAGGUAUUUCAAGAAGCUGCCAACCUCUUUCUGGACCUGUUGGGGAAACUUCUGGCCCAACCAGAUGACUCCAAGCAGACUUUACAGAGGGAUAGCCUUAUGUGCUUCACUGUUCUGUGUGAAGCCAUGGAUGGGAAUAGCUGUACCAUCUCCAAAGCCUUUUACUCCAGUCUGCUGACUACACAGCGGGCUGUGUUGGACGGGCUCCUUCAUGGCUUGACAGUCCCACAGCUCCCUUUCCACACACCCCCAGGAGCCCCUCAAGUGAGCCAGCCUCUGAGGGAGCAGAGUGAGGAUCUGCCUGGAGCCAUUUCCUCUGCACUGGCAGCCAUAUGCAUUGUUCCUCUCGGGCUGCCUGGCUGCUGGGAGGCCAAGGAACAGAUCUCUCGGCAUUUGGCAAAUCAGCUCACUGAAGACAACAACCAACUGAGGCCAUCUCUCAUCUGUGGUCUGCAGCAUCCCAUCCUGUGCCUACACCUUCUUAAGGUUCUCUACUCCUGCUGCCACGUUAGUGAACGCCUGUGCCGUCGUUUAGGGCAAGAGCCCCUGGCCUUGAAGUCAUUGUUGAUGUUGGUCCAGGGCAAGAUAAAGGUAGUGGAUUGGGAAGAGUCUACUGAAGUGACACUCUACCUCCUCUCCCUUCUUGUCCUUCGGCUCCAAGAUCUGCCUUCUGGAAUGGAGAAUCUAGGCAGUGAGACUGCUAUUCUCUUUACCCAUUCACACGUCGUCUCUCUUGUGAGUGCAGCGGCGUGUUUACUGGGACAGCUUGGACAGCAAGGGGUGACCUUUGACCUCCAGCCUGUGGAGUGGAUCCCUGCAGCCACUCAUGCCCUGUGUGCCCCUGCUGAGGUCCGGUUGACUCCACCUGAUGGCUGUGGGUUCUACGACGGCCUACUCACCCUUCUGUUGCAGCUCCUCACCCAGGAGGGGAAAGCUAACCUGAUAAGGGACAUGGUUAGCUCAGAAAUGUGGACCGUUCUGUGGCACCGUUUCUCCAUGGCUCUGAGGCUCUCCAAGGAGGUAUCUACACAGGAAGAGGAGCUAACGCUGUCGAGUCCACAUAGCUCAAGCUCAGAGCCAGACUGGACACUGAUCUCACCCCAAGGUGUGGCAGCCAUGCUGAGCCUGGCUGUGGCCACCUUUACCCAGGAGUCCCAGUUAUGCCUGCGCCACCUGUCUCAGCAUGGAAGUAUCCUCAUGUCCACCUUGAAGCAUCUGCUUUCCCCCAGCUUCCUACAGCAGCUGGGCCAGGCGCCUCACGGGUCUGAGUUUCUCCCCGUCGUGGUGCUCUCUGUCUGCCAGCUCCUCUGCUUCCCCUUUGCCCUGGAUGUGGAUGCUGACCUCCUUGGGGGUAUCUUGGCUAACCUAACAGACUCAGCAGUCACGGCCCACCUGCUGCAGGUCUGCUGUCAUCAUCUCCUGUUGCCACAAGUGGAGCUGCCCAUCAGUCUCCUCACACACCUGGCCCUCAGGGAUCCCACCUCUCUCAACCAGUUUGUGAACACAGUGGCUGCCUCCCCUGGAACCAUCAUCUCAUUCCUCUCAGUUGCCCUUCUAGGUGACCAGCCACUGCUGACCUCUGACCUUCUCUCUCUGUUGGCCCACACAGCCCGGGUUCUGCCUCCCAGUCACUUGUCCUUUAUCCAAGAACUCCUUGCUGGCUCCGAUGAAUCCUAUAGGCCCCUGCGUAGCCUCUUGGGUCACCCAGAGAAUUGUGUGCGGGCCCGCAUUUAUGGGCUCCUGGGACAUUUGCUCCAACACAGCAUGGCCCUGCGUGGGGCACUGCAGAGCCAGGCUGGACUGCUCAGCCUUCUGCUGCUGGGGCUUGGAGACAAGGACCCUGCUGUGCGGCGCAGUGCCAGCUUUGCUGUGGGUAAUGCAGCCUAUCAAGCUGGUCCGCUGGGACCUGCCCUGGCAGCUGCGGUACCCUGUAUGACCCAGCUGCUUGGAGAUCCUCAGGCUGGUAUCCGGCGCCAUGCUGUGUCAGCUCUGGGCAACUUGGGACCUGAGGGGUUGGGAGAAGAGCUGUUACAGUGUCAAGUACCCCAACGGCUGCUGGAGAUGGCGUGUGGAGACCCCCAGCCACAUGUGAAGGAGGCCGCCCUCAUUGCCCUUCGGAGCCUCAGCCAGGAGCCCUGUAUCCAUCAGGUGCUGGUGUCCCUGGGUGCCAGUGAGAAAUUAGCCUUGCUCUCUCUGGGGAAUCAGUUACUGCCGCACAGCAGUCCCAGGCCUGCCUCUGCCAAACACUGCAUGAAACUCAUUCAUCUCCUGAGACCAGCCCACAGCACGUGAUCCCAGAUUCCUGGGGUCCAGCCUCCAAGCUUCACUGUCCUACUAUUGCCAACUCUUCCUUUUUCUACUAUACAAGCCACCAACUCAACUGAAAGCCAAGGAGAUUUAAAAAGAGAGAUAAGCUGCCAACUCACCUGAUUUGAGAACAAGAAACUAGAAGGGAUUUAUGUAUAAAGCUGCCCUCCUCCCCCAAUUCAGGAUGAUUUUAGCCAGUAAACUUCAUUGCUGUUGAUGCCAGAGAAGGACCCUUCCUUCUCUACAUCCAGGGGUCUUUUCUCCAACACUGUGCCUUGAACCUCAGGAACAUGCUUCCCGGACCUCCUGCCUAAGAGAUCUCUUCCUUUCUGGAGCUCCUAUAAUCCCCCCAGCAGGUUCUGGAUUUAGGCGCACUGGCCCAAGGAUUGAUGAAGACAGCCUGUCUCAGCUCCAGGCUCUGAGUAUAAAUGUCACCAGUUGUGGAGGGUAGCCCACAUUCCCAUCUGUGGGAGGGGAUGGGGAGUGUAUCCUUUUUUUUUGUAAUCUAUUUGUAAACUCUUGUAAUAAAAGGUGUGCCUCACCCUA